UGAGUUGAAUGUGUCGCAGGUGGGUUCACCUUCUUCAUUAGUAUCACUUUUGUCUCAACUCGCGGUCGAGACACAUUGAGGGACAAAAUGGUCAGUGAUUGCUCGAGGGAUAUCUCUAUCUUUACGAUCGAAGAGAAAUCGAAAUCAAAGGACCAGAAGACAGAUUACGAGACCGCCAUAAGACUAUGUGGAUACGGAAAAUUUCAUUAUGGUUUCGUUCUUCUUUGUGGAAUGAUGUUCCUGAGUGUUGCAUUGCAGAAUGGAGUCAAUGCUUACAUACUUCCCUCAGCCGAAUGCGAUUUGAAUUUAUCUUCUGAACAGAAGGGAUUCCUCAACGUCGCCUUCCUCAUUGGUGGAGUUCUGAGCUCUGUUUUCUGGGGAGUCUCAGCGGAUGCGUACGGCCGCAAGAAAAUUCUCGUGUGGACUCUAUUAAUCGACAGCAUCGUGACAUUUAUAUCCAGUUUUUCCCAAACGUUUCACGUUCUCGUUGCCUUCAGAGCCAUCAACGGUUUCACGAUCGGCGCACCGGGCUCGUUAAUUUACACUUAUCUGGGGGAAUUUCACUCAUCAAAACACCGGGUCAAGAGUAUUUGCUACGUUGGAUUCUUCUGGACGCUCGCAUGGUUGAUUCUUCCAGGUCUAGCAUGGAUCAUAAUUCCCUUGAAGGUGAACCUCCAAUUCAACGGGAUUAUCUACAAAUCCUGGCAGCUCUUCCUCGCGCUGAUGGGCCUCCCAACCCUCGUGAUGGGUCUGAUGCUCAUCGGAUACCCCGAGAGCCCGAAAUUCCUUCUGGCGAGAGGGCAAAAUCGAGAAGCCCUAGAAAUCGUGAGGGAAAUUUUCGCGAUUAACACUGGAAAGAAUAAAUCGGAGUAUCCUGUGAUAGAACUCUGGGCAUCACCGGAGGAGGCCGUAGAGAAAGACAUCCGUUACGAUGACGAAUUGAGCACUGACUCACCCUCGACUCUACUCGUCAUCAUGAGACUGUUGAAGAAUGCGUGGAGGCAAGUCAAGGCACUAUCGUCACCUCCACUGUCUACCUAUGCCAUUCUCUGCUGGACAAUUUACUUUACAAAUAUGUGUGGAUUCUAUGGUUUGGGCCUGUGGCUCCCGGAGCUAUUCAAUCGUUUCGAAAACUUCUACCGGGCCCACCCGAACAUAUCAUCCGUGAGUGUAUGCCAAUUGGUGUCGUUGAACGAAACAGUGAAAGCAGAUGUGAUAAAUUGCGAGGAGAUAGUAAUCGACGAAAAUGUGUUCAUCAACACACUCAUUGUCAACGCGGUCUGUCUCUUGGGAAAUAUCAUGUCUGGGUUCUUUGCUGAUCGUGUGGGACGAAGAACACUCCCAGUUACCCUGACUUUAUUUGCCGGAGUAUCAGGACUGGCGAUAUACUUCACAGAGACCUCCACCCAAAUUCUCCUAGUGUCCUGCAUCUACUCCCUAACAGUAUCAGCAGCCAAUUUCGUUAUUAGCAGUGUCACAGUGGACAUUUUUCCAACGUACGUUGGAGCAAUUGCGAUAUGCAUGAUGACUUGCUUCGGUAGGGUCGGUGCAAUCGCCAGUAAUCUUGCAUUUGGAAUGCUACUCGACAUAAGCUGUGAAGUCCCGAUCAUUCUAGUCGCUGGGAUUGUCCUAUCUGGAGCUGCACUGACACUCAUGUUGCCCCCAGCCACGAAAACCUGAUUGUCCAAUGGAAUAGCUAUAGGUCCUCGAGAGCAGAGAUUCAAGAUCCUGAGAGAUUCACGAGGACUUUCUACUCAUCGCCUGAUACCAUUUAUCAAAAAACCACUAGGGACAUUUCAAAAUGAACAGAAGAAAAUCAAAACGUUAUUCCCCUAUUCUUCAUCAUCCCGAGGUGAAUUAUGUUCACUGGCAACACGAGAAUUCCAUUCCAUUGUCUAGAAUCAUCGAAGUACUUAUGGAUAAAUUAUCUUCCAUCAUCGAUACGAUGUUCAUCCCCUGCAUUGUUAACCAUCUGUCACUCUCAUCACUUUAAAUUUGACUAUUAAUUCGAGUUUACGACGCGAAACUUGGUAAUUGCAAAAGACCUAAGAAUAUUGGACGAAAGAUACGAGAUAUUUUUUUUAUAAAAUUUGUAUUGA